AGAAUCUACAAACUCCAUCAUCGCAAUUGGAGUGAGCGCGGCUUUUCAUCACGAACGCCUGGGUGGCUAGAUCCACUGUACUCCUUUCUCUGUUCUUUCCUUCGUUAGCCUUCGACAUCCUUCGUUGGACUGCUUGGAGGCAGAGGUGAGAGAAAGAGCAGCCCAGGGCGUCCUGUCGCCCCAAUCGAUAUCCUCUGGCGUUCGUGUUUUUCCACCCGGAUCGACAUCAUGUCCAAUCUCCCACCGCCUCCCCCAGGAUGGGGCGCGUCAGUCCCUCCCUCGAUGCCACUCGCACCGCCUCCGCCGGGUUAUCGCCCGCCAGCUGAUCCUCAGAUCGCCAAGUUUGCGCAAAAGAAAAAGGAAUGGUUGCGGACUCAAAGGAAUCGGUUUGGAGAGAAGCGAAAGGGGGGAUUUGUUGAGACACAGAAGGCCGAUAUGCCACCGGAACACUUGCGCAAAAUUGUCAAGGACAUUGGCGAUGUUUCACAGAAAAAGUUCAGCAGUGAUAAGCGGAGCUAUCUUGGAGCAUUAAAGUUCAUGCCUCAUGCUGUUCUGAAACUGCUUGAGAAUAUGCCAAUGCCGUGGGAGUCUGCGAGAGAGGUCAAGGUCCUUUAUCAUGUAAACGGUUGCUUGACGCUAGUCAACGAAAUACCUCGAGUUAUCGAACCUGUAUUCCACGCCCAGUGGGCCACCAUGUGGGUGUGUAUGCGACGAGAAAAGAGCGACCGGAGGCAUUUUAAACGUAUGCGAUUCCCACCAUUCGAUGACGAGGAACCUCCUCUAUCCUGGUCAGAGAACAUUGAGGACGUGGAACCAUUGGAACCGAUUCAGAUGGAGUUGGACGAAAGCGAAGAUAGCCCAGUCUACGAAUGGUUCUACGACCAUCGACCGUUGUUGGACACCCCACACGUCAAUGGCCCGAGCUAUAAGACCUGGAAUCUUACGCUACCUCAAAUGGCUACAUUGUAUCGCCUCAGUCACCAGCUGCUGAGUGAUGUGGUUGAUGAGAAUUAUUUUCACAUGUUCGAUUUAAACAGCUUUUUGACUGCAAAGGCUCUUAACGUGGCCAUUCCUGGCGGUCCACGGUUUGAACCGCUUUACAAGGACGUGGACCCUAAUGACGAAGACUUCGGGGAGUUCAAUGCUAUCGACCGCAUCAUUUUCCGUGCUCCGAUCCGAACCGAGUAUCGAGUAUCAUUCCCGUACCUCUACAACUCACUCCCUCGAAGUGUAAAGCUGUCUUGGUACUCUCACCCACAAAUCGUCUACGUCCGUGCCGAGGAUCCUAAUCUCCCUGCAUUUUACUUUGAUCCGGUCAUCAACCCGAUCUCGUCUCGAUCGGUAGCUCCGAAGAACAUCACUACCAGCCAUGAAGAUGAGAUAUUCGGGUACGGAAAUGAUGAGGAUGACGAGUUUGUUCUGCCUGCUGAUGUGGAACCCUUCCUGGGUGAUCAAGAAUUGUACACCGAGGAUACUGCCUCAGCUAUAGCGUUGUGGUGGGCUCCUUUCCCAUUCGAUAGGCGAUCAGGCCGUAUGGUUCGUGCACAGGAUGUGCCGCUCGUGAAGCAAUGGUAUCUAGAGCAUGUUCCACAAGGGCAACCUGUGAAGGUGCGAGUCUCGUACCAAAAGCUUCUUAAAACAUACGUGUUGAAUGAACUCCAUAAGCGGCCGCCCAAAUCUCAAAGCAAGCAGAAUCUCCUCAGAUCUCUUAAGGGCACAAAGUUUUUCCAGCAAACUACGAUUGACUGGGUCGAAGCCGGCCUUCAAGUUUGUCGACAAGGCUUUAAUAUGCUUAACCUUCUCAUUCAUCGGAAAAAUCUGACGUACUUGCAUCUCGACUAUAACUUCAACCUCAAGCCCGUUAAGACUUUGACGACCAAGGAGCGUAAGAAGUCUCGAUUUGGAAACGCUUUCCAUCUUAUGCGGGAAAUUCUUCGUCUUACGAAGUUGAUUGUCGAUGCACAAGUCCAAUACCGGCUUGGAAACAUUGAUGCCUUCCAACUUGCAGACGGUAUCCUUUAUGCUUUUAACCAUGUUGGUCAAUUGACGGGCAUGUACCGGUACAAGUACAAAUUAAUGCAUCAAAUUCGAUCCUGCAAGGAUCUGAAACAUCUGAUCUAUUAUCGUUUUAACUCUGGCCCUGUUGGGAAAGGUCCGGGAUGUGGUUUCUGGGCCCCAGCAUGGAGAGUAUGGCUCUUUUUCUUGAGAGGUAUCAUUCCCCUUCUUGAGCGUUGGCUCGGAAACCUCUUGUCUCGUCAAUUUGAAGGACGUCACAGCAAGGGUGUUGCGAAGACGGUGACCAAGCAAAGAGUCGAAUCGCAUUUUGAUCUUGAACUUCGCGCGUCUGUCAUGGCCGAUCUUAUGGACAUGAUGCCUGAAGGCAUCAAGCAGAGUAAAGUCAACACCGUUCUUCAGCAUUUGUCGGAAGCUUGGCGAUGCUGGAAGAGUAAUAUUCCAUGGAAAGUUCCUGGUCUCCCUGCGCCCAUUGAAAACAUUAUCCUUCGGUACGUCAAGAGCAAGGCGGACUGGUGGGUCUCUGUUGCCCACUACAACCGUGAGCGUAUAAGGAGAGGUGCCACAGUCGACAAGACUGUUGCGAAGAAGAACUUGGGUAGACUUACUCGCCUUUGGCUGAAGGCCGAACAAGAAAGACAGCACAACUAUAUGAAGGACGGCCCAUACGUUUCUUCUGAAGAAGCGGUCGCGAUUUACACUACCACUGUCCAUUGGCUAGAGUCCCGGAAGUUUUCGCCGAUCCCUUUCCCCAGUGUAUCGUACAAGCACGAUACCAAGAUUCUUAUCCUUGCUCUUGAGAGGCUGCGUGAGGCUUACUCGGUCAAAGGCCGAUUGAACCAAAGUCAGCGAGAGGAGCUCGCUCUUAUCGAACAAGCCUACGACUCUCCCGGUACAACUCUUGCUAGGAUCAAGCGGUUCCUUCUCACCCAACGUGCGUUCAAAGAAGUUGGCAUUGACAUGAAUGACAACUACAGCACCAUCAAUCCCGUUUACGAUAUCGAACCAGUCGAGAAAAUCACAGAUGCGUACUUGGAUCAAUAUCUAUGGUACCAGGCUGACCAACGCCAUCUUUUCCCGGCAUGGAUCAAGCCUUCGGAUUCGGAAGUGCCGCCUUUACUGGUCUACAAAUGGGCUCAAGGGAUCAAUAACUUGGACAGAGUCUGGGAGACUGCUGACGGGGAAUGCAACGUCAUGAUCGAGACUGAGCUUUCUAAAGUCUAUGAGAAGAUCGAUCUGACCCUGUUAAACCGUCUUCUGCGUCUUAUUAUGGACCAUAAUUUGGCAGAUUAUAUCACCUCUAAGAAUAACGUGCAGCUCAAUUACAAGGACAUGAACCAUACCAACAGCUAUGGUAUGAUUCGCGGUUUGCAGUUCUCUGCAUUCGUAUUUCAAUACUAUGGCCUUGUUAUUGACCUUCUUCUGCUCGGAUUGCAACGAGCUAGUGAGAUUGCCGGACCGCCGCAGAGUCCCAACGAUUUCUUGCAAUUUAGGGAUCGCGCUACGGAAACCAGACACCCAAUUCGACUUUAUUCCCGAUACAUUGAUCGUAUUUGGGUGUUUUUCCGAUUCACUGCUGACGAGUCCCGGGACUUGAUACAGCGAUUUUUGACCGAGCAGCCCGACCCCAACUUUGAAAAUGUCAUCGGCUACCGCAACAAGAAAUGCUGGCCUCGUGAUUCAAGGAUGAGGCUGAUGAGGCAUGAUGUUAACCUUGGCCGUGCUGUCUUCUGGGAUCUCAAGAAUAGGCUGCCUAGAUCAGUCACCACGAUUGAGUGGGAUGAUACUUUCUCCAGCGUCUACAGCAAGGACAACCCGAACUUGCUCUACUCCAUGAGUGGUUUUGAGGUCCGCAUCCUACCUAAGAUUCGAAACCUUAAUGAAGAGUUCCCGGUCAAGGACAGCGUCUGGUCUUUAGUCGACAACGCGACCAAAGAACGCACUGCCCAUGCCUUUUUGCAGGUCACUGAGGAAGAUAUUCAAAAGUUUAAUAACCGCAUUCGGCAGAUUCUUAUGUCCUCUGGCUCGACAACUUUCACAAAGAUUGCCAACAAAUGGAACACUGCACUCAUUGCUCUAUUCACCUAUUAUCGCGAAGCAGCUAUAUCGACCGUUAAUCUGCUUGACACAAUUGUCAAGUGUGAAACCAAGAUCCAGACAAGAGUGAAGAUCGGCUUGAACUCCAAGAUGCCGUCUCGUUUCCCGCCAGCAGUCUUCUACACACCGAAGGAGCUUGGUGGUCUUGGUAUGAUUUCGGGCUCUCACAUCCUUAUCCCGACCAGCGAUAAACGUUGGUCUAAGCAAACCGACACUGGCGUAACGCACUACCGUGCCGGUAUGUCGCACGAUGAAGAGACGCUCAUCCCCAAUAUCUUCCGCUACAUCAUCCCAUGGGAGGCUGAAUUUAUCGACUCACAGCGCGUGUGGACUGAGUAUUCUCAGAAGCGCCAGGAAGCGAAUCAGCAGAACCGUAGAUUGACCCUUGAGGAUCUAGAAGAUAGCUGGGACCGUGGAUUGCCUCGUAUCAAUACACUCUUUCAGAAGGACCGGAGUACCCUCAGCUUCGACAAGGGUUUCCGGACCAGAACCGAAUUCAAGACGUAUCAGUUAAUGAAGAGCAACCCAUUUUGGUGGACAAGUCAACGACAUGACGGCAAGCUUUGGAAUCUGAACGCUUACCGUACGGACGUUAUUCAAGCCCUUGGCGGUGUUGAAACUAUUCUUGAACAUACUUUAUUCAAGGCCACGGCUUUCCCCUCGUGGGAAGGAUUAUUCUGGGAGAAAGCUUGUCUCGCCAAGGGAACACAGCUUCUGCGUCACAAUGGCACCAAAGUCGCGGUAGAAGACGUCAAGGAAGGGGACCUACUUCUGGGCCCAGACGGUGGGCAUCGUCGCGCCUUCAACAUCGUCAACGGCAAAGACCGCCUUUAUCGCAUCAAAAUCGGCGCCCUUAUGGAGGAUCUCGUGGUCACGCCAAACCAUAUCUUGGUCCUCUAUCGGGAAAAGAAUGCUCGAAAAAAUAACGAGGAAAAGAGUAAGGAUUACAAUGAGGCGAAUCUCGAUGGUGAAGUGUCCGAAACCGAGAAGUUUGAGACUGUCGAGAUGACAGCCGCAGAGUUCGCUGCCCUUGACGAGAAGGAAAGGGGCAAGCAUCUGCUCUUCAGGUCCCCAGUCUUCGAACUGCCCGAGCAGGCCGUGUCAGCAAACCCUCACGCCAACAGCUUCACCGUCAAGGAUAUCUCCCUUGAAUUGGAGGCAACGGAAUGGGCUGGUUUCCGGGUGGAUCAAGACCAGCUUUAUUUGCGGCACGACCAUCUCGUGCUGCAUAACAGUGGUUUUGAGGAAUCAAUGAAGUUUAAGAAGUUAACCAAUGCUCAGCGCUCGGGUCUUAAUCAGAUUCCAAAUCGUCGAUUCACUCUUUGGUGGUCUCCGACUAUCAAUCGAGCAAACGUUUACGUUGGUUUCCAAGUGCAACUCGAUCUAACGGGCAUUUUCUUGCACGGAAAGAUUCCUACCCUUAAGAUUUCCUUGAUCCAAAUUUUCCGAGCUCACUUGUGGCAAAAGAUUCAUGAGUCAGUUGUUAUGGAUCUUUGCCAAGUCUUCGAUCAGGAACUCGAGUCGUUGGGUAUUGAGACGGUGCAGAAAGAGACAAUCCAUCCGAGAAAGUCUUACAAGAUGAACAGCUCCUGUGCCGACAUCCUUCUUUUCGCUAGUCACAAGUGGAACGUAACGCGUCCCUCCAUCCUCUUUGAUACUAAGGACACGAUUGAGGCCACUACUACCAACAAGUUCUGGAUAGAUGUGCAGCUGCGAUACGGUGAUUAUGAUUCUCACGACAUCGAGCGUUAUGUCCGUGCCAAAUAUCUCGACUACACAACGGACAGCAUGAGCAUCUAUCCGUCGGCAACCGGUCUCAUGAUCGCGAUCGAUCUCGCAUAUAACCUGUACUCGGCUUAUGGACAGUACUUCCCCGGCUUGAAGACGCUUGUUCAGCAAGCUAUGGCGAAAAUUAUGAAAGCGAAUCCGGCACUUUAUGUCCUUCGGGAGCGAAUCAGGAAGGGUUUACAGCUCUACGCUUCUGAAAGCAACCAGGAAUUUCUGAACUCGCAGAAUUAUUCGGAACUCUUCAGCAACCAGAUCCAGCUGUUCAUUGAUGAUACCAACGUCUAUCGAGUUACCAUCCAUAAGACGUUUGAAGGUAACCUAACUACGAAGCCGAUCAACGGUGCCAUUUUUAUCUUCAACCCUAGAACAGGUCAAUUGUUCCUUAAGAUCAUUCAUACCAGUGUGUGGGCUGGACAGAAGCGUCUCGGUCAGUUAGCAAAAUGGAAAACAGCUGAAGAGGUUGCCGCCCUCAUUCGAUCAUUGCCCGUCGAGGAGCAGCCGAAGCAGCUCAUUGUCACUCGAAAGGGUCUCCUGGAUCCCCUCGAAGUGCACUUGCUCGACUUUCCCAAUAUCUCUAUUCGGGCUUCGGAACUGCAAUUGCCAUUCCAAGCCGCAAUGAAGGUUGAAAAGCUUGGCGACAUGAUCCUUCGUGCUACGGAGCCGCAGAUGGUUCUUUUCAACCUGUACGAUGAAUGGCUGAAGACCAUUUCCUCGUACACUGCAUUUUCUCGUUUGAUCCUCAUCCUUCGAGCAUUGCAUGUCAACCAGGACAAAACCAAACUGCUUCUACGCCCCGACAAGACCAUCAUCACUAAGGAGCACCACAUUUGGCCUUCACUCUCUGAUGAAGACUGGAUCAAGGUUGAAGUGCAGCUGCGCGACCUAAUUUUGAACGACUAUGGAAAGAAAAACAAUGUCAACACAUCCAGCUUGACCAGCAGUGAAGUCCGCGAUAUCAUUCUCGGUAUGGAGAUUAGCGCUCCAUCCAUGCAGCGUCAACAGGCUGCCGAGAUUGAGAAACAGCAGCAAGAACAGCAGCAACUCACGGCCGUCACUACGAAGACGCAGAAUGUUCGCGGAGAAGAGAUUGUUGUCACUACCACUUCGCAAUACGAACAACAGACUUUUGCCUCCAAGACCGAGUGGCGAACUCGAGCUAUCGCAACUUCUAACCUCCGCACUCGUGCCAACAACAUAUACAUCUCAUCCGAUGACAUCCGCGAAGAUGACCACUACACGUACAUUAUGCCCAAGAAUAUCCUCAAGAAGUUCAUUGCCAUUGCCGAUCUACGCGUCCAAGUCGCAGGCUACUUGUAUGGCUCUUCGCCUCCGGACAACGACCAGGUCAAGGAGGUCCGUACCAUUGUCAUGAUCCCUCAAGUGGGUAACACUCGCGAUGUGCAGCUUCCUCACCAGCUACCUCAACACGAGUAUCUAUCUACGAUGGAGCCCCUUGGUGUCAUCCACACUGUUUCUGGUAAUGAGCUGCCUUACAUGAGCGCGAUGGAUGUCACUCAGCAUGCUCGUCUCAUGAAUUCUCACGCUUCAUGGGACAAGAAGACUGUAACCAUGACCGUCUCAUUUACCCCAGGCUCAGUAUCACUCGCUGCUUGGGCGCUUAAUCCCCAAGGCUACAAGUGGGGCGCUGAGAACAAGGACACUAGCUCCGACCAACCGCAGGGCUUCUCCACUGCCUUCGGCGACAAGUGUCAACUGCUUCUCAGUGACAAAAUUAGAGGAUAUUUCCUCGUUCCUGACAACAAUGUCUGGAAUUACAGCUUUAUGGGCAGCAGUUUUGGCUCUGUCGAGAAGAAGCCAGUCUAUGUCAAGAUGGAUACGCCAUUGCGCUUCUACGACGACCAGCACCGCCCUCUGCACUUCCAGAACUUUGCUGAGCUCGAGGAUAUCUGGGUUGACCGGUCUGACAAUUUUGAGUGAUCGAUUUGAUUUGUUCGGCAUGCUUUGUUCGAAGAUAUUGUUCUCAGUUUCUUGAUAUACAUACAUCAAACGGAUGAGUUUCUGGUAGGCAUGUUGCAUAUUUGUACGAUUAAAAUUUCUGCUUGCAGUGUGGCGUUUUCUGAUCAUUUUGUGGGCGACCCUUGGCACUCGCAUGUUUCGAACGCACUUGUAUUUUUAUCUAAUAUUGCAAAAGAAUUCAUUCCUUUUAGCACAGUUCACAUAAGGCUUCGUACCGAAUGACAUCUUUGCCGGAUGAUCCGUUUCUAGGGUGUGGUAGCUACACAGUGGUAUUGAGAUAUUAAACAUUUCAUACUUGAUCGAUACGGAUAGAUACGCAG